AUGAAAGCGGACAACUUCAACCUCAAGUACGGCGCCCCAUUGUACCAACCGAAGAGCUCGAGUUCCAGGAGCCACUCGCAGAACCAACCGCAGACCCACAUCGGUAACAUCGGCCAUCUGACAACGUCCUCGCUGCUGACGAGCGACGACCUGCGUCAUCUCGCCCAGCAUCGGUCCACAGGAUACUCCGACCGCGAGAGCAUCGCCAGUGUGAGCAGCGCGGGAGGCCGCAUUAAGCGUCGAUCGAGAAACUUCCCGAUGAAGUCCUCGAAGGGCGGCAUCAGCAAGAAGAGCAAGACCAUGGAUUACACCAAUUACGCCUACAACGAGGCUGUGGGCCGCCUCAAGGUGAUGCUGGCGGAUAACUCCUACGUGGCUCCCAAGCUGGGAGGCGGCGCGUCCUCCUAUUUGCGUAGUUUCAACGAGGAUUCCGGGGACAAUUUCUCAGAUAAUUUAUCGGUAAUUGAGCGUCCCGUCUUCUCGGACAUUUCCAAGUACUUGUCGCCUAGCCAGAAGACGCGGAUGACCUCGUAUCGGCCCAAGAAGAGCUACACCUCGGGAUAUCUAUCGGCUUCCAAGGAGAAUCUCGCCUCACCGUCGGUCCACUAUCCGAGCAGCUCCAUUCCGGCUGCCCCUCUUCCAGCGGACAAUGUCUCCGCACCCGUAGAGAUUUUCAGUUUCAUUGAGAAGCAGGAGGACUAUAUCGAGCAGCUGGAGAAGGAGUCCAAGUACUGCCGCAGCGAGCUAACAAAUCUGUUGGGCAAAGUCAAGGACGUUAUCAAUGAGAACGAGCAGCUCACGGAGAAUGCACGAUCCGAGCUGGUAGCUCUCGGCUCAGGAAAGACCCAACAGCCGUUGGCCACCACCAGUCCUUCCUCGGACAGUGAUGAGCACCGGGUCUACGCUAGUGGCCGAAAGACCCCGACAACUCCCAGAAAGGGUGCUUCCAAGGGGCAGGUUCAGAGCCCCCGCUAUGCGAGUGCCCCCAACAUUGUCUACGAGGCCAGGAUCAGUGAACUGGAGGCGGAGCUGAUGCAGGCCAGCAUUGAUCUGCGGCGUCUCCGCACCGAGAACGAGGAACUCAAGCGGAAGCUCUCCCAUACUGAUCCUCUCUCUGCGGUGGCUACCUUGGGCUCUGCCGGGGGAGCCAACUGUGAGCUGCACCGCAAGCAGCUGGAGACACUGCAACAGGACAAGCUUAACCUGGAGGAGAGCGUGCGCCAGCUACAGCGCCUCUUGGACGAGGCCAAGGCCCACAGCCAGGGUAGCGCCUCCUCCAAGCGUUAUAUCAACGAUCUGGUGCAGAUGGAGCGUUCGCAGGCGGAGCUGGAGGUGCGUCACCUCCGGGAUGAGUUGGAUCGCCAGCACGAGCGUGUCCGGGAGCUGCAACAUGAGAUGGCCAGAAGACUGGCCGAGGAGCGUGCCAGCGCCGAGCGUCGCUACAACAGCCAGGUGGAUCAGCUGGGUGGCGACCUCAGCUGUCAGUGGGAACAGGUGGCCAAGUUGCAGUUGGACUUGGAGCGGCAGAAACGCUACGAGACUGAUCUCAAGCGGGAAGUGGCCAGUCGCAAUUCGCAGAUCGAGGAGCUCAAGAUGGAACUGAGGGCCAAUAGGACGACCUUCCUGGCGGAUAUGGCACAGGUGAAUGCAGAGAAGCAGUCCCUGGAGCAAGAUAUCACCUCGCUGCGUCUUCAACUGGACCGGGCCGCCAGGGAGACCAAGACAGAGGCGGCUCGCCUCACCGCCGAGAUUAAUUCGCUGAGGCAGCGCCUGGAUCGCGGGGAUGCCGACUUGCUGCACUCGAAGAGGGAGGUCCUGCGGCUCAACGAUGAGAUAGCUAACUUGGAAAAGGAGCUGGCUUAUGGGGAGCUAAAGAACGAAAUACGACCCACCAAAAAGGACCUGGAUAAGCGGAUCUCAGAAAUGCAGGAAAAGCAUGCGGGAACGGUAAAUGAGCUUGAGGAAAUGAUAACAUCUCAGAAGCAACUCAUGGAUAAGCUGACGAGCGAGUGUAAGACCUUAACGGGCAAAUUAGAGGAUACGACCUACAAGCACAAAGAGGAAAUAUCCGCUUUACAGUCGAAUCUAGAGUAUCUGUCCAAUCGCAUGUUGAGUAAUGAGGAGCAUAUGAGUAAAUUAGAUACCUCACCACAUGAUUAUACUAGCUUAGUUCCCGGAAAAGCCGCUUACGACUACCAGGCAGCGACAUAUGGCACCACAAUCGAACCCAUACAAAGCACCCCACAACCACACAACAGCGCCGACGACGACUACACGGUUGGAUCAGGAUCUGGAGCAGGAGCAGGAGCAGGAUCAGGCAUCGGAACAGGAUCCGGAGCAGGAACAGCUGCUGGCGGCGGAGCCAGUGCUUCAGCAGCAGCAGCUCCAACAGGACGCAAGAGCAGCCUUAGCAACGGCAAGGGUCUGCUCUCCGACUAUGGACUCCACGAUAACGAUGACGAGAAUCUCAAGGACAACCUUGGCCUGGGCGAAAAGCAGCAACAGCAAAAGCAGCAGGAGCAGGAGCAGGAACGGCAACGGGAGCGGGAGGAGCGAGACCGGGAGUUGCAGCAACUACGUGAGCAGCGGGAGAAGCGCGAAAGGGAACGGGAGCGGGAACGGGAACGAGCCGAGCAGCCCGACCAGCAGCAGGCGGAGCAGCAGCCGGCACCAGGACUGGCCGAGAGCAGCAUUGCCAAUGCCGGUAGCGCCAACUUGGCCGCCUACAACACCGACUACAGUGCCUACGACCAGCAGCAGUACGAGGCCGGAGCCUACGAUCCCAAUGCCUAUGCCCAGCACCAAUACGAGGGGCAGCAGUACGACUAUGGUGAUGCCGGUGGAGCCUACGACUAUGGAGCAGCCGACUAUGGACAGUCUGGAUACCAGUAUGACGCCUCGCCAGCAACCACCGCUGCCGUUCAGCCUCAGUCCCAGCCGCAGCAGUACCAGGCGCCAGAGCAACAGGAGCAGGAGCAGGAACCGGGUCAGGAGCAGCAACUGCAACAGCACCGGCACCAUCACCUGCCGGAGCGAGCCGACCACAACCGCGCCCGGGCAGUGGAGCUUUGGGGUCAGCAGCUGCUGCUGGAGCAGUCGCCGGCGGAAAAUCCGCUCUGCCACAACAGUCUGCCCCGACAGCCGCCGGCAAGAAGUAGCUGGAGUCCCGUUAGCGAGGACCUUCUGCCGCUGGAGUGCUCGAUUAGCAGUCCCAGCCUAAUGCGCUCCUCCAACGAUGAGACCUGCUCAGAGCUGGCCGAUCUCAGUGAGACCUAUCUGAUCCUGCCCGACGAAGGCUCCGAGGAGAGUCUAUCUCCGGCUCAUACUACCAUCAUAACGGCGCGGAGGUCAAGUGCUCCGGCCGUGGUCCAGCAGGAGGAAGCGGUCAACGAAACGGUCAUCAUCGAGCGCCAUUUAGAUGCCCACGGAUAGAGGGGUCAGCACCGAGUUCUCCAGCAAAAAAGUUUCUUCAGUCAACAUACGUACUUCUACUCAUGUGUUCCAGGA